CACCAAGCAAGUUGCGGGGCGACGCACGAUGGUCCGCUCCUCGCCAUUCGGCGGCCCGCGCCUGGAGCAGCUCGCGCAGCUUCCCGCAUGGCAGCCGGGGUUCUUGGCCGCUGCCAGCGCCGCCAACUGCGCUACCUACUAUCUCGUUAACGGCUACGAAGACCCGGGCCACGCCAACGCCAUUGGCCCAGCCACGAUGCACAUGCUCAUGGCGGCGGCAGACAGCGCGAUUCCGGACGUGGAUGAUGACACGCUCAGCGACGUGCGCCUCCAGGUGGCGAUUGCACGCCGCGCGCGCCAAGUCCAACGACGCGUUGUCGAGGCCAUCGCCAACGAGGUCGAGACGAUGCACCAGCGCGCCGUGCGCCACGCCAGCCAGUACCUUCUCGCUGCCAUUGCGCCCGCGCUGCAUCCCAACAUUCACAAUGCUUCUAGUCCGUACCACAUGUGGCACCAACUCUGCGCAGCCAGUCGUCAUGGACUUCGAGAGCUCUACGCCCUGUACACGCGCGCCUCGACCGCGACCAUCGACGCGCCUGCGUCAGUCAACCACGUACAACGAGCGAUCAUCGAUCCAUUCUUAGAAGCCGCGCUGCCGCCGACGACGCUACCCGAGUGGCCGGCGGCAACGACGGCGGCCGUGGCCGCGUUUGCAGCCGAGAUGCGCGCCAAGCUUGCGAUGGUGCUUCUCACGCACGCCGCGGCCGACGCCGUUCCCGAUGCGACGACCUUUGAGCACGAGCACUGGGACGUUGCCGAGUACACACGCUUCCUACAGAUGCGCGUCAGUGUCCAGCACGCACCGCCUUUGACGCUCUCGCCCAAAGACGUUGCCGACGCCGUCGACACACCCGAGGUACUGCUGCGUCCGGAAGGUACCGACGACGUCGCCACGCCAGUCGUCGAGCUUACAGACAUCGAGCCCGAGACUGAGGUGGCGAAGGAACCCGUCGACGUCCUGGAAGAGGCUCCAACGUCGGCGGGCAAUACGGCUGCACUAGAUCUUGAGCUGCCGCUUGCAGAUGAGAUGGUUGAGCCCGAGAUCGAGGCAUCGCCUGUCGACGCUGCACCGCCCAUCGUGUCUGUACCGCCCGCCAUGUCUACACCGCCCGUCGUACCGGCGCUGUCCAGGCCCGCUGAGCCUCGUCCCAUGACGGUGACGCCUCUGGAUGCGCCGUCGGUCGUUUCGUCAGCUCCAGCGAUCUCGAAUACGGCUUUCGCACCGCUGAGGAGCAACACGGACGAGCACAAUGCUUCUGCUGCCUCCGAGAUCGCGUCGCCACCGGUCGUCCCUGCAACGCCCGAGCCCAAGGAGAUGCCUCGCUUGGCAGUGACGCCGCCUCCCGUCCUCUCGCCACCACCACCCGUCGCCAGUGCUGCCGUUGCGCGCUUACCAAACGACGUGCCAGCGCUUCCCGUCAAAGCAGAGCUUAUUCUGUCGCCCUGUGAGCCAAUGACCGAGGCCAUUGAUCUGUGCUCGCCGGCUUCCACGCCGCCGCCCGAGUAUACGUCACCUCUCGACUCGGUUGCGGUCAAGACCGAGCUGCUUGCGCCACCAGCGCCAACUGUGCCUGUCCGAGUCACCCACGUCCGGCGUCCGUCGCAGUCCCAUGCCGCACCGCAACCACACGCACGCGCGCCACCGUCGGAGCCCGUCGUCACCAAGAUCCAAGGGUUCAAAGUCACACGCAUCAAGAUCACCAAACCCAAGGCGUCGGUCGCAAGCAAGCGCCAAACGCCAUCGACCGACGACGAGCCAAGUGCCAAGCGGUCAACACGUAUCAAGACCGAGCCCGUCGUCAAGCCCGAGGUCGUACCCUAGCCCUAUCAUAAUGCUGCAGAAACCAUCAAAACUAAGAUCUCGUUUGCUAAAUAGAUCUAAAGAUUCAUGAAAUUGUUGA